AUGCCCGGCUCUGUCACUACUAAGCACUACCACUCAAAACCGAGUCUUACUCUUGCCGUAAUAUUCAUACCUUUGCCGAAAGGGAUUGGCGGUGGUAGGCCUGCUCCCGCCGUUCAUCCAGUACCGCCAGAAGAUGUUGGCGCCUUGUACGGCCUCCUCCCCGGAGCGGUCGUCGGUGCCGCUAGUGGUAUCUGGAGCAAUUUGGACUCUGGGACCGCGAGUCCGGACAUUGCGACCGGUGCUUUGCAAACUAUACUGGUAGCAUUGCAAAACACUGUGUCUACAGUACUCGAGGAUACUAAUGAUAACAUGUUCUGGGACGCCGCAGGUGCGAGCAAUUUGAUGAACAUGCUCUCAGGAGGCUUCUUUCUCCAGCCCACCGACAUAUCCAACUCAGACGCAGUCGACGCAUGGACUGUCGACUUCCUUUCCCGUGUCAUCAACAAGGUCUGGCGUGGCUACGCCACUUAUGUAUCCUUCACAGAUCUUAGUGACGAUGCUGCUGGUAGUAAAUGCGCCGUCGACACAAUCAGCCCCAACUCCUCCAAAUACUGCGCAGACAGCGAUGUCUACUACCUCAACAACUUUGAUCGCAACAGCGGUCACUUAGACAAGCGUUACGGCUAUGACAGUCUCGUCGACCACGGUAUCACCCCCGCGAACAUCACCAAAGCUUCGGCCUAG